GCCAGUCCCGGCCAUGGCGGCCAUGAGCCUGCUGCUGCGGGCGGCCGCUGCUUGGGGAGCGCGGCGGGCGGCGGGCAGCGCUCGCCUCCCCUGCCUCGCCGGGGCCGCCCGUCUUCCAGGCACCGUCGCUCCGGUGCGAUACAGCAGCGGCCAUGGGAAGAGAAUGUUCAUCAUCAAGGCAACGAGUUUUUACGAUACUCGGUUUCUGAACAUGUUGAGAUUCUAUAUAUUUCUGACAGGAAUACCAGUGGUACUUUUCAUAACAUACGUCAACAUCUUCAUCGGUGAAGCUGAACUUGCAGAGAUUCCUGAAGGUUAUAUUCCAGAGCACUGGGAAUACUACAAACACCCUAUAAGUCGCUGGAUAGCUCGUUACCUCCUUGACCCACCUGAAAAGAACUAUGAGAAAGAGAUGGCUUUCAUCAAUGUUGAAGCACAGAAGGCUGAAAUGAGGCUGAUGGAGCUGGAGGCACGCAGACUGAUGAGACAGAGGGGAGAUGGACCUUGGUAUCAGUACGAAACACCUGAUAAAAAUCUUGUUGACAAUUCUAUGAAAGCAACACCUGACAAUUGAACAGGUUUAAGGUAGUAUGCAGUUUCAAAUGCAUACCAACAAAUUGUGGCUUAUCUGUGGAGCACACAUCCUGCUGUUUAAUGUUGGAAAUAAAAAGUUAAAAAAA